GCUCUGGCAACAUUGUGCGAAAUGGCGGCCGCCGCAGAAUUUGCAGAAGUGUGAGUUGCGCGGAGCUUUUUCCCGGGAAGCUACUCUGGUACAGUGUAUUUCGUGGGUGUUUGCAGAAAGUAUAACGCGAUUGAAAAACUAUAUACGUGAUUCUGUUGACCUUUGCAACAAAGAGGCACGUAACAAUUGCUGUGAUGCCAUGAAAAGAAUAUGGCCUUGAUGAUGCCUUCCAUCAUGCCUGAAAUUGCCCAGGAACCUGGGGGAAGGCUAAAGGGGGUUACCAUAAUCAAACCGAUCGUCUACGGCAACGUUGCGAGGUACUUCGGUAAAAAGCGGGAGGAGGAUGGUCACACACACCAGUGGACUGUCUACCUCAAGCCGUACAAAAACGAGGACAUGUCAACGUAUGUUAAGAAAGUCCACUUCAAGCUACACGAAAGUUAUCCAAACCAGAACAGAGUUGUAAUGAAACCCCCUUAUGAAGUUACUGAAACUGGCUGGGGGGAGUUCGAGAUUGUCAUCAAGAUCUAUUUCAUUGACCCGUCCGAGCGUCCAGUCACAGUCUACCACAUAUUGAAACUCUUUCAAAGUGAAACCAACAUCAUGCUAGGCAAGAAACAACUUGUUUCAGAGUCCUACGAUGAGUUGAUUUUUUCUGAACCUUCAGUACUGAUGCAGCAGCUACUGACAAGCUCUCGUCAGAUCACACUGGGCCCCUACAAGCAUGAAACAGAUUUUGAAGAGAAGAAGGAGAGGACUCUCAAUGCAAUCCUUUCAGCCAAGAACAAGAUCAGGCACGAGAUUGCAGACUUGAAAGAAAGGCUCAAGGUGGCCAGGGAAACGAUCGACAAGUACAAGACUGAGAUCACUAAACUGGAGUCUCAAGUUGAUGUGGUACCGAAUGCACCUCCAGGCCCUUGACACUUUGCCAGCAACUUGACUCGCAAAUCACCCUCAUAUUCAUCUGUUUACCAUCAUCUUUGGCCUGUUACACAAGCAACUAAAAUGUGCAUACCUUUU